AUGGGAUUACGAGAACAUCCUGGGAUGUCCGAAGAGGACUUGAAAGCUGCUGAAGUACUAGGUGUACUAAAGAAAUCACAACCAAAAUAUAAUAAUGCAUUAAAUGAUGAUAUUUCAAAUUCAUCUAAGAGAAGAAGAAGUAUAAGUGAUAGUACGAAUGAAUCUACUAUGGAGAGUAAUAGGGUGGUUAAACCACGUAAUAAUAUUACAGGUCAUUCGGGUACAUUAUUGAAUCGAAUGGUGAGUAAUGUAGUUACAUUUUAUGAUGACUUCAAUGAUAGGAAGAGGGUAGCAUCAAUUGCAAGAUUAUUAGAUGAUGCAUACGAGGAUAAUUAUACUAGUUCAGAAGAUGAUAGUGAAAGUAGUAGUGAUGACGAGGAAGAAGAAGAAGAAGAAGAAGAAGAAACAAAGGAGGACAUUCAUGAAUUACAACAGGAGGACGUCAAUGAAGUUAACAAUGGUGAAGAAGAAGAAAAUAUGGAACCUCCAACGUUAGAAGACUCUGAUAAUACAAACUUACCACGUCAAGAUGAAAAUGAGGAAGAAAGUGAAGAAGAAAGAAUAUCGAAAAGAAAAAUUAUUUCCGAAGCUCUUCAAACAACAAGAGAUAAUCUGAAAGAAUACAAAUUGAAUAUGUCCAUCGAAUCUAAAAAAAGAUUGAUAACUUGUCUACAUCUUUUAAAAUUGGCAAAUAAGCAAUUAUCGGAUAAAGUGAUGAAUUUACAAGCUAUGGUGAAGGAAGAACAGACAGUUCCAAGGAGGAGACGUAGGACGUUGACUAAUUCACACGAUAGGCAUGGUGUACAUCGUUACAAGCGUCAAAGAGCAUCUACAAUCAGUGGUGGUAAUACUCAGACAAUUAAAUCGUCCAAUAAUGACGAACCACAAACCAACAAAACAGAUGGCGUUCCCCCAACAUAUGAUAAAAAGGUAUCAGAGACCAGUGAAAGUAGCAGCGGUAGCGAGACUGAUGCUGAAGAGGAUUACUAUGGCGCUGACGAAGAUGAAGAAUUUUUUGAUGCGUUUGAUUCUAAUGAUUUUGAUGAGAAAUCUACUGUUAUUAAGAUGGAAGUGGUAGGAACUAUUAAAAAAGUAUAUUCUUUGAUUUCAAGCUACACCGGUGAUUCAUUACCAGAACCGGCAAGAUCACAAGUUAGAGAAAGCUUAUUGAACUUACCAACAAAUUGGUUUUUGAGUGCUAGUAAUACUUCUGGAAGCCCAAUGAAUGAUGGUUCAACUGCAACUUCAUCUGAUGAUUCGACGAAUACUAAUAUAAACACCAGCAUACGAACUCCAAACGGUUUGUCCAUUGAAGAUAUAAAUCAGAAAAUCAAUCAUGCAAGGAGUUCUUCUGCUACAAGUGGAGGUACCGAUAGUAACCUGACGGCGAAUGGUAAAGUUUUGAUUCUCGCAAAGGAGUCUCUUGACAUGGUCCAGAAUGUAAUGGAUGUUGUGGAUUCAACUUUAGGAAAAGCUGAAGAAUGGGUGAAACAGAAACAGGAAGUUAAAGAAAUGUUUUUAAAAUCACUCCUGGAGAAACAAAGAUUGAAGGAAUCUAGUGAUGUUCCUCUGAGUCAAUCACGGAAAGAAUCCUCGAAAGAAAAUCAAUAA